CAUGCACGUAAACAUGUUAGACAGAACUCGUAGUAAAUGGAAACAACUCCCGAACAAAUGCAAAUAUGGCGCUUGUGUAUGUAGACACUGAUCCCUGGCUGUCAGAACAUGAAGCUUGUGAAAAACUCUUCCGAGAGAUUAUGGCACAGCUCACUCUUCGCGGCACAGAACAGAAGACGUCCCAAGCAUAUGCUCGUCUUUCAUCAGCUAUUCGUUUACGGAUGAAGCAAUAUUCAUCAGAGGUGCAACAACUGAAAGACAAACUUUCUGAAGCCUCUGCUUCUCGUUCCAUCACAUUUCAAGAAGCAGAGAGGCGAUCUAGACAAGUGGAACUGCUGCAGAGCAGAGAGGUCCAGCUUCAGCAGUUAUUUAAUGAUAGAAACACAGUUUAUGAUGCAAACAGAUCAAAACUGAUACAGACGAGAAGCACAGUAUUCGCAGAUGCAGGAACGACUGGUUGGGGCCUGGAUGAUGAUGAUGAUGAUGCUGGAUCUUACCAGACACAACACAUGAGCAUUGCAGAACUUCGUCAACAACAACAGAGGAUGGUUCAAGAUCAAGACCAAGGAUUAGAAGCUCUGUCAAAAGUGAUCUCAAGACAGAAGGAAAUUGCAGAGACAAUAGGAAAUGAAGUUGACACGCAAAAUGAAAUAAUCGAUGAUUUGGCCGAGCAUAUGGACCGGACAGACAGCAGGAUACGUAAUGAAACAAGACAGGUCACAGUAAUUGACAGAAAGGAUAAGACAUGUUGGUACUGGGUUGUCAUUAUUUUACUCUUCAUUUCCAUAUUAAUAGUUAGUUUUGUGUGAAUUAUCAUUGAAGUAUACAACUAGUACUUUAUAUCUGCGAUAAGAAAGAGUCAAAGAUUCUUUAUCACAGUAUGUAAACUGCCUAUUUUAUUAAGUAUUAUGUAUAAAUAUUACCAUAAAGUAAGUGAAGAGACAUCAUAAUGAAAUCUACUUUAAAGGAAUUUAAUGUAUGGUUGUUUGUAAGUACUCUGGAUUGUAUUCAAGAAACAAAGUGAAGUCGAGAAUAUGCGAGUGUUUGUACAGUAGGGCCCCGCUUUACGGCAAUUCGCUAAUAUGGCGCUCAACA